UAAUUGUAAACCAUCCGAUCAUAUCUACGGUCCACCCCCUACCUUUAUUUCCACUCUUUCUUCCCUCCGUCAAAUUCUCAAGCACUUGUUACUGAAGCUUCAAUUUCACAUGAAACCUUUUACAGCAUGUAACAUCAAUGAUUGAUAUUACAGUUACCACUGGAUGUAACUGCAGGCUACAAAUUCCGCCAAUGGAGCCUUCACUCUCACACGGAACCGUUCGCCGGAGUACAUUUUCCGAUAUUACGACUUCCGGCACCGGUAAGAGAAGAAGACUUGAUCGACAAGAUGAGUAUAAUCAUUUUCAGCUUCAGUAUCAGUAUCAACGUGACGUUGACGUGAAUUUAUUGGAGAAUGUAGCUUCAUCGUUUAUGUGCUCUGUAAAUGACGAUUUGAUCACAGAUCUGAAGGCUGAGUAUGUUACCGAAACCGAAUUGCAACAGCAACAUGAUGCUGACGUGAAUUUGUUAGAGAAUGUAGCUUCAGUAUCUGUUACCUCUGAUCAUGCUAAUUCGUCGUUUACAUGCUCUGUAAAUGACGGUUCGAACUCAGAUCUGAAGGCUGAGUGUGUUUCCGGAACUGAAUCGUUCAUGUCCGUUCCUGACGGUUUCAGUAGAAAUACAAGCGCAUCAAGUGUAAUUUGUUUAGAAACAGAAGAAACUGAAUCGGUAUCAACGUCUAAAUCUAAUAAUAAUAAGAAGAAGAAAACGACGCCGGCGACGGGGACGGUGACAGUGGCGGUUGCAGAGGAUGAGGCAACGUCUCGCCGCAAACCACCUGCACCGGCGGCGAUAAUGCCGUGUGCGGCGGAGAUCGAAGAAUUCUUCUCCAAGGCAGAAAAGUACGAACAAAAACGAUUCGUUGAAAAGUACAACUAUGACAUCGUGAAAGACGUUCCAAUGGAAGGAAGAUACCAAUGGAUUGAGUUAAAACCCUAAUUACACACGUUAAAUUCUGCUUAAUUAGUUAAUUACGCUACUAAUUUCGAACUAUAUGUAACUAAUUUCCUUUUUUCGCUUGGUUAGAAAUUAGAAGUUUCUUUUCUGCAAGACAUAACAUAUGAUUUUACAGUUGCUUCU